AUGACGGGAACAAUCAUCAUAACCGGUGCCAAUGGGUCUCUCGCCCUCGCCUAUAUAACCCACCUCAUAAAGACCCAUCCAUCCUACACCGUCCUCGCAACAGUCCGCAAUGCGUCCCCCUCAGAUCCCAACACCGCUCAACUCUCAUCUCUCCUCUCCUUACACCCCAAAUCCUCCAUCGAAGCUCUCGAUCUCUCUCUUCUCUCCAACGUACGAAGCUUCUCUGAAAACACAGUGAGGCGUAUAGUUGCCGGUGAAAUACCUCCUAUAAAAGCUAUCAUCUGCAACGCUUUCACAAUGUCUGUCACAGAGCAGAUUUAUACUCCUGAUGGGUUCGAGAGGACGUUUCAGGUUAAUCACUUGUCUCAUUUUGUUUUGGUGCUAAAGUUGAUUGGUAGUAUGGUGAGUGAUGGGAGGGUUGUGAUGCUUGGUUCGAAUACGCACUAUACGGAUCGUUCGCACCCGCUUUUUAAACAACGACCUGGUAUUCCAGAGGAUACUGAGCUGUUGGUCAAGCCGAGGCCUGAUAAGAAGGGGAAAGAGUAUGAUGGAGGAUUUCAUCGGUAUGGAAAUUCGAAGUUGGCGAACAUCAUGUUUAUGCACGAUCUCAACGCCAAGCUUGAAAAGAAUCCCAAGCUCUCUGGUAUCACAGCUAUAGCAAUGGACCCAGGCGGCAUGGUCGAUUCCCGUGCGCACAGGAUUCAGACGCCGUUUAUGCGGCUUGCGUUUAGUCUUGUACUUAUAUCACUCCCUGUUCUUCGACACUUCACCGAUACUAUGCGGCCAGCAGCGCAAUCAGGUCGAGAAUUGGUGGAGUUGAGCGUUGGUGAGAAAUUUAAGGGCACAAAGGGGUAUUUCAUGGGUACCAGACGGGAAGAAGAGGACGUUGUGUGUAAGGAUCUCCACAAGAGGGAGUUGUUGUGGAAUGCUUGCUGGAAGUGGGCUGGAAUGAGGGAGGAGGAGACUGUUCUGCCUUAA